AUGAAACUAAAGCUAGUGAAAACGAAUAAACUCCUUGACGAAAGAAAAUACUCCUGCCAAAAGGCGAAACUCUUUGGCGAAAGAAAAUCGCCCAUAAAAAAGGCGAAACACUUUGGUGAAAGAAAAACCAUUGGUGAACAGAAAGCUUCUGGCAAAAGGCAAACUCUUUGGUGGAAAAUCACGA